UUCACUUCCUGCAGUUUGUGUUUGUGUUGUUGCUUUAUUUUGUCGUGUGUGUUUUAGUGUCAUCUCUCUAAAACACCGUGUUUUUGCUCUGUAUCAUGGUUUAUAUUUAUAUUCCACUCUGUUGUCCAAUCUGACUGCUGUCUGCUCUGGUAUGGAUUUCCCCACUGUGGAUGAUGACAUCUGUAUCCUGAAGCAUGAGACGGCGUACGGCCCAACCGAGAGCCCCGUGUCUGUGUGCGCCGGCGACGAGUCGGUGGCGUCUCACUUCGCCCUGGUCACGGCAUACGAGGACAUCAAGAAGAGAUUACGUGACACGGAGAAAGAGAACGCUCUGCUCAAAAGAAGAGUUAAACAGCUCGAGGACAAGCAUUUCCGACCUGAAGCCCCUCCGUCUGAAGGACCGCAGUAUAUGAACAAAGCUUUCAGUGCUUACCGCGGUAUCUAUAUAGAGAAGGAAGAUUUACAGAUGGAGCUGAAUAAAGUGAAAAAAGAGAAAGUGGAGCUGGAGCGGGUUCUGACAGAACAACUACAAGCCAAAGAGCUCGAGCUGUUGCAGCUGAAAUCAGAAAUGGAGACGAGUCAAGUGAUGAAAAGUCUGAACAACACUGCAGAUUAUUGGCAGGUGGACAGAAGCAACAGUGAAAUGAAGAUCGUGUCACUCGAAGAGCAGCUCGAGAGAUUACAGUUAGAAAACGACACGCUGCACAAACUCUGCAGGACCGCUGGACACGAUGACUCUGAAAACGGUGUACUUCACGAUGAGCAGAAGCACGAUGUGUUGACAGACUCCAGGACGCUGGCCAUCGUACAGUCGUAUCAGGACGUGCUCGAUGAAGUGUCACGUUUGCGUUCAGCCAUUCGAUUGCAGUCUGACCUGGUUAAGAAGUUGCGAGAGAGGCCACCGCUGCCGCCCGCUCUCAGACGAGCUGCUUCAACUGUUCCAGUUCAGUGUCUGGAUGACGUGGAGCGGAACACGGAGCCGAUGAUGAUGAUGACGCCGCGGCCACCCAGUGCUCCUCCACUGCCCUCCAGUUCAGGGACUCACGCUCUGGACGGCCUGCAGGAGAACUGUUCGAAUGACCCUUGGCCCCUGGCGCGUCCUGUGCCAUUGGGCAGCCCGGGUGGCCUGCUGCCUCCCCAUCAGCGAAUGGGAUCACUAGAGGACAGCUCCUGGUCGUUCCCCAGCACCCCGAGACCGAGCGACGUUCUGUUUUGGGACAGCUCAAAGUCCAAGAGCUCCACCGCUGAUUGGGCCCGACCGUACUGAUCCACAGUCCCUGCUCCGCCACACGACACCUUACCUGCCUUAAACAGUGUCCCCUCUUUGGGCCCCGGAUGAUAAUAUACCUCGAGCAAACUGACCUGUGACCCCCGGUCAUUGGCUGAAAACAGACCUGAGAGGUGGAUGUGUGUGUGUAUGGAUGGACGGAUGUGUGUUUUCCUGCAUAAAUUCCACUCCAAGAGAGCUUUGUCUUCAACAUAUAUUUGUGAUUUCACUAUAGCACUCCUUGUUGAUUGCUGUUGGUAUCUCCUAUAAGUAUAAGCUUCUGUUCAUCUCUUAGGUUGAGUGUUUGUGUGACAGAUGGUUGUAGGUCAGGUACUCUAGGUUAUCUCAUCAGUGUCUCUCUGAUGCACUUGCACUGAUACUACAUCAGUCAACUAUAUAAGUAACUUUAAUGGAUUAUGUCUUGUAUUAUGAAUGUAUAAAGGGGGAUUUCUGAAACUUUAGCAGUCCAAAGUUUGUUUAAAUCAAUCAAUCCUCAUACUGAAUGAAGAAAAUUAUCAAUUGGUUUUGGAAAAUAGACUGAGCUGUUUCUUAACAAACACUGCUGUUAUGUGUUUAUACUCAAAACUACACCGUUGUUCAAGCCCCUUUAUUACUUUUUUUUUUUUUUUUUUUUUAAGAAUUGUUGUUAAAUUUAGAUUUAGUAAAUGCAUUCGGUUGUCAUAACCUGUGGGAACAGGUAUUUUGUAAUUGCUGGUCUAAAUUUAUUUAUUUAUUUUUAAACAGGGUUCCCCCAUUCCCCCCCAAGGAAAACCUGAAAGCUGAAAAAUAAUAGGACAUAUUAAAAUAGAAUUCCAGGCUUGGUAAUGGAAAUGAAUGAAGUCUAAGCAGUGCA